AUGCAGUGUCAUAGUGACGACGAUGAUAAAGGUAAUGACAAUUCAAAAGGAAAUGGUGUCAUUGUUGAUGAUGAUGGAUACUUGCCUUUACCUCAAGGAAAUAGCCAAACUAGUAUCGAUAAUACCAACAUUAACUCUAAUGCCAAUGAUAUUAUUGUUGAAGAUAUUAAUGUUCCUACUAAAGAAUUGAAAGAUGCCAUUCAAGAAGAACACUUGACUUUAACUGAAGAAGAUUUUAAAGCAGCAGCCAUAGAAGAGAAAAAACGUCGUCAUGAUGUUAUGGCACAUGUUCAUACAUUUGGUUUAGUUGCACCAAAAGCAGCUGGAGUGAUUCAUUUGGGAGCAACAAGUUGCUAUGUAACAGAUAAUGGAGAUUUGAUUAUUUUACGUAAUGGGUUAGAAUUGUUGAUAAAUAAGUUAGUUGUGGUGAUUGAUCGUUUGAGUAGAUUUGCUGAUACCUAUAAAGGUUUACCAACUUUGGGUUUUACUCAUUUUCAACCAGCUCAAUUAACCACUGUUGGUAAAAGAACUACACUUUGGCUUCAGGAAUUACUUUGGGAUUUAAGGAAUUUUGAACGUGCGAAAAAUGAUAUUGCAUUUCGUGGUGUUAAAGGUACUACAGGAACACAAGCAUCAUUUUUAGCAUUAUGUGAAGGUAGUUCUGCUAUGGCAUAUAAAAGAAAUCCUAUGCGAUGUGAAAGGGUUUGUAGUCUGGCUAGACAUCUGAUGACACUUAAUAACAAUGCCUUGAUGACCAAUAGUGUACAAUGGUUAGAAAGAACUUUAGAUGAUAGUGCCAAUCGACGAAUUUCGCUUCCUGAGGCAUUUAUUACAACAGACAUAAUCCUAACAUUAUUGCAGAAUAUAUCGGAAGGACUUGUAGUCUAUCCUAAAGUUAUAGAACAGGAUCGUCAGACAUGUCACGAAGAGAUUAGAGUCUUAAGUCAUCAAGCUGCAAAAAAAGUCAAGGACGAUGGUGAAGAAAAUGAUUUAAUUGAGAGAAUUAAAAAGACUGAAUAUUUUAAACCAAUUUGGGAUGAGCUUGAAUCAUUGCUGGAUUCAAAAACAUUUAUUGGGCGUGCACCACAACAAGUUGAUAAAAUUUUAAAAGAAUAUGUACAGCCAUCUCUUAAACCUUAUUUGGAAAUUUUAACUAAUGCCAAACAAGCAAUUUUAAAUGUUUAA